AUGGCAGUAGCAGCAGUAACAUGGGCACUAUCAAACAGAACUGUCCUGAAACAUUUCUUAUCAGUUCGAAAUGGAGUUUUAUACAGUGUUUGUCAUCAAUCUACACCGCCUCUCCCAGAUGAUUGCCAUUGCAAGGUAGAGCUUGCUUUGGCAUCAGAUGGCAGGACAAUAGUAUGCUACCACCCUUCUGUGGACAUUCCAUAUGAACAUACAACACCUGUUCCUCGGCCAGAUCCUCUACAUAACAGUGAAGAAACACAUGAUCAUGUGCUGAAAACUACAUUAGAAGUGAAAGAUGAGCCCCUUAAACAACAAGAACCUAUGAUAGAACAACUUAGCAGAAUGUUCUUUAUUACGAAGCACCAUUGGUAUCCUCAUGGGCAGUAUCACAGAUGUCGUAAGAAAUUGAAUCCUCCAAAAGACAGGUGA